AGAGCAGAUGGUGCAAAAAGGUUUUACUGUUCGCAUUCUUCACCGCGUCACUUUACUGGCUGGCAGAAAAUGGAAACGGACAAUUACGGCCUUUGCACCCUGACACCCGUUCCUCUUGCCGGCGUCAAUCUUUCCCAGCCGGCACCGUCCAGUUCUUCUGGCAUUUUGCAAGCUUUUGAGAGGCCGGUGAACUACAUGGACGAGUUUUCCACGUUCCCCGUCCACGGCCAGCGCACAGAGCAUCAUUACCCCUACACAGAGUGCCUGUACGGCGACUGCUACGAAAACGCGUUUUUCUAUCCGGUGUCUGCUCCGAAUUUUGGCCAUUACGACUCCCAGCACGAACCGGCGUUCAUCCGCAAAAGAAACGAAAGGGAGAGACAGAGAGUCAAGUUCGUGAACGAAGGCUACGAGAAACUCCGGCAGCACCUGCCCCAGGAGUACGCGCAGAAGAGACUCAGCAAAGUUGAAACACUGCGGGCCGCCAUAAAGCACAUCAAACAUCUGCAGGCCUGCCUGCGCGUCGAAAGCACGGCUGCGUCCAGUAUGGGAGCAGAGAGAGCCGAUCGUACUGAGGCUGUGAUGCACGGAAGUGGACACAGGUUGUGAUGUGCUUUAAAUGAUUUCAGCGGUGGUGCACAUUGCUCAUUGUCUCCCCGUUCUUGUAGUGCGUGAGCUGACAACAGUUUUAUAAAGGGAACACACUGAAAAAAGACGUUGCAAAUAAGAGGGCUCUUUUAGGAAGAUCGCUGAGAAUGACGUCCCCAAACGCACAACGGGAGCUGCAGAGACACUGACUUCAAUGAAACGUGUGCAUUAAAUACCUUAUAGCUAAGACAUUACAACACUGUUCUGAAUCAAUUUUACAUUAUUUAUAAGUGAAAUAUUUCCCUGUAUGCGCUAUUACUAAUAUGAAAUGUUCUAAACUAAUUAUAUUUAUGUGCAUAAUUUCUUACUUCAACAACUCAUUUUCGCAAUAAGUCUGCACUUUUUUCCAUCCAUCCCUUUAAUCCCCCUCAACCCUCACCUUUCCCAGUACAUGAUGGCGGAAACACGGCACAUAUUCCAAAGUAGGAGCCAACCCAGGUUAGGACGCCGGGACAACGUUUAAGAGUGAGUGACAAUCUUAGAUAGAACAAUAGAAAGACGAGAGGCUAAAGAUGCAGUCUCAGGUAUACAGUAGGGGUUUAUUAAAUAAAGGGGUCAGAUGGACAGCGCUUACCUCUCUGUCUGACUUCCUUUCUGUCAAAAGCAUGAGUCAUGGUGAACAGCGCUUAAAAAAUUCAGGUCCUCUACGCGAUAUUAUUUUUGGGUAUCUGUGAACACAACGGGGUUUUUGGUCCUGCAGUGACUGGACAAGUUUUCUUAUAGGUUUCUCCAUUCGAGCUUAGUCUCUACUGUUUAACUUGAUUCUUUUUAAUGAAAUGGCUUGCCUUAAUUCCUAUUUCCGCAGUUUCAGUAAUGAGCAGCAACGUCCGUUUUUAUUUCUCCGUAAGAUACGGAAAGCAUCGCACCAUUUUCUUCUGUUCUGCAUUUUUUCGUUUUUAAACUUCACUGUUGACGUUCACGAUGCUUAUUAUAUAUAUUUUUUCCCAAAAAAGUUAAAUAUACGUUGAUAUAAUAGUCUAUUUUUAGGUUAUAUAGCACGAUGUUAGGUUAUGUGGCACGAGCAGGGAAGUCCAAAGAGGUCACAAGCCCAAGCUGUGUAAGGCACUGGUUAGACCUCAUCUAGAGUCCUGUGUGCAAUUUUGGUCUCCGAGCUACAAAAAAGACAUAGCAGUGCUAGAAAAACCAGGCUGAUUCCAGGCUUUCAGGGAAUGAAUCAUGAGGAAAGAUUCAAAUAGCUGCCCCUUUUUAUAAAUUUAAGCAAAAUGAGAUUAAAAGAAGACAAGACAGAAGCGUUGAAAAGUAUGAAGGGAAUUAUUACAGUUUA